AUGGUCCUUCGAUCUGCUGUUAACACCGUUGCAAAGCGUGUGGCUUUGGCCACUGUCGCUCAGACUAUCCGUGCCACCAGUGUUCGUGGCAUGGCCAGUCAAACCUUGGAGCUUUCCAGUUUCUUGGAAGCCAAGAUUGGAGCUGCUUCUGGAUCUGAGGAUUCUGCUGUCAAAUACGCCGAGACUGGAUCCGUCAUUUCCGUUGGAGAUGGUAUCGCCCGUGUCUACGGUUUGAGCAAUGUCCAAGCCGGAGAGAUGGUUGUCUUUUCGGGAGGCCUUCGUGGAAUGGCCCUGAACUUGGAAGAGGACAAUGUCGGUGUUGUGAUCUUUGGUGAUGAUCGUGAUAUCUUGGAAGGUGAUACCGUCAAGCGUACCGGAGCCAUUGUCGAUGUUCCAGUCGGCCCUGAGCUUCUUGGACGUGUUGUCGAUGGUAUUGGACAACCCAUUGAUGGAGGAGCCUCUUUGGACUCUUGCAAGCGCUCUCGUGCUGAGGUUAAGGCACCAGGUAUCAUCCCACGAGAAUCCGUUUCCGAGCCCAUGCUUACCGGACUCAAGGCCGUCGAUGCCUUGAUUCCUAUUGGCCGUGGACAGCGUGAGUUGAUCAUUGGUGAUCGUCAAACCGGAAAGACCGCCAUUGCCAUUGAUACCAUUAUCAACCAAAAGACCAAGAAGGAACCUCUUGCCUGCAUCUACGUUGGUGUUGGACAAAAGAGAUCGACCAUUGCCCAACUUGUUGGUCAAUUGGAUGAACGUGGUGCCAUGGGCAACUGCAUCAUUGUUGCCGCUACCGCUUCCGAUGCUGCCCCACUUCAGUUCUUGGCUCCUUACACUGGAGCUGCCAUGGGAGAAUACUUCCGUGACUCUGGAAAGCACGCUGUGAUCUUUUACGAUGAUCUUUCCAAGCAGGCUGUUGCCUACCGUCAAAUGUCCCUGUUGCUUCGUCGUCCUCCUGGUCGUGAGGCCUAUCCAGGUGACGUUUUCUACCUCCACUCCCGUCUUUUGGAGCGUGCUGCCAAGAUGCACCGCAACCUCGGAGGAGGUUCCCUCACCGCCCUUCCAGUCAUUGAGACCCAAGCCGGUGAUGUCUCCGCUUACAUUCCUACAAAUGUCAUUUCCAUUACUGAUGGACAGAUUUUCUUGGAAUCCGAACUCUUUUACCAAGGUCAACGUCCAGCCAUUUCGGUCGGUCUUUCCGUCUCUCGUGUCGGUUCCGCAGCCCAAUACAAGGCCACCCGAUCCGUUGCCGGUACCAUGAAGCUCGAACUUGCCCAAUACCGUGAGGUCGCUGCUUUCGCCAAGUUCGGUUCCGAUCUUGAUGCCGCCACUCAACAACAGUUGAACCGUGGUGUCCGUCUUUACGAACUCCUCAAGCAAGGACAGUACGAGCCUUAUGAACCCGAGGAAGUUGUCGCCUCCCUUUUCAUUGGUGUCAAGGGAUACUGCGAUCGCGUCGAUGUCGAACACGUCGCAGCAUUCGAAGCUGCUUUCCUUGAGCACAUGAAGACUGCCCACAGCAAGGUCUUGUCUGAUAUUGUCGAUGGAGGAUACGUCUUGACUGAAGAGAUUGAGCAAAAAAUGCACGACAUUUCCGAGGCAUUCACCAGUGGAUUCACCCCCUAA